CGGCGGGCGCGGGCCGGGCCCAGAGGCGGGAGGCGCCGGUGGGUCGCGGAGGGGGGGCGCCGCCGCCUCACGGCCCUCUCCUCCCUCCCUCCCUCCCUCCUUCCCUCCCUCCCUCCUUCCCUCCCUCCCUCCCGCCCCGCAGGCCGGAGCGUGGUCCCCCCGCGAGGAUGCAGGCGGCCCGCGGCGCCGAGCCGGGCGCCGACGACAAGGAGAACCGGCCCGCCGAGCCGCGCGGGGCCGUGCCGGGCACCCCGCUGAAGCAAGCGGCCGCCUCGCCGUCCGUGCUGGCGGAGAUGCAGCCCGGCUGUCAGCCCCUGGCCACACCCCCGAAGCCCAAGGAAAGCCUGCCCGCGGACCCCUGGACGCCGACCUCCAACCUUAAGAUGCUGAUCAGCGCCGCCAGCCCCGAGAUCCGCAGCAGGGAGCAGAGGAAGGAGCUGUCAAACGCCACGGGUGAGGUCCUGCAGCCCAAACACUGCUCGCAGGAGCACUUAUCGGGAGAUGAAUAUGAAAAAUCGCAACCAAGUCGCAAGGAGAAAAGCCUAGGAUUACUGUGUCAUAAAUUCUUAGCUCGAUAUCCUGAUUACCCCAGCACUGCAGAGAAUACUUAUAUUUGCCUUGACGAAGUAGCUGAAGAGCUUAAUGUUGAACGUAGACGAAUAUAUGAUAUCGUGAACGUGCUAGAGAGCCUACACAUGGUGAGACGCCUUGCCAAAAACAGAUAUGCUUGGCAUGGGCGACAUAAUCUCACCAAAACCUUGCAGACCUUGAAAAAAGUUGGAGAAGAGAACAAAUACACACAACAAAUUCAGAUGAUCAAGAAAAGAGAGUAUGAGCAUGAAUUUGAUUUAGAUGGUGAAAGAAAUGAAGAAAUGGCGAGGUCUUCUGUCUCAAAUGAGCAUUCAGAAAUGUGUUUUGUCGAGCUCCCAGGAAUGGAAUUUCGUGCCGCAUCAGUAAAUAGCAGGAAAGACAAGUCUUUACGAGUGAUGAGUCAGAAAUUUGUGAUGCUGUUUCUUGUAUCAACUCCUCAAAUAGUAAGCCUUGAAGUUGCUGCUAAAAUCUUGAUUGGAGAAGAUCAGUUAGAAGACUUAGAUAAAAGCAAGUUUAAAACCAAAAUUAGAAGACUUUAUGACAUAGCAAAUGUUCUCAGUAGCCUUGAGCUUAUCAAGAAAGUUCACGUUACAGAGGAGAGAGGUAGAAAACCAGCAUUCAAAUGGACGGGACCCGAGGUCUUGCCAAGUAUUCAGGACACAAAACUUGAAGCAACUUCUGCGACCUACAUUCCACAUACUUCAGAAUGCAUCACUUCCAGAGAACAGUGUUCAAAAAAUCUUUUUCCUUCAAGCGUCAAGCAGAACUUCACUCGGCAUCCAUCCCUAAUAAAGUUAGUUAAAAAUAUAGAAAAUGAUAGAAGGAAGAUCCAAUCUGCUCCAGCCAGUCCAGUUAAAAUAAGCACAACAGGUACUGAUCAAAACCUAUCAGCUUACACAUGUAAAAUGUCUCAGCUUGCAGCGAUCGCUCAACAUCAGCUGGAAGGACCAUCAAAGAAAGCAAAAGAGAUGAAAAUGAAAUUGCCAAGAUCUACUUUGGAAAAUAAUCUGUCCUCACCUGAGGUAGCCCCCAAGCCCGAAACUCACACUGCAGCACCCUCUCAGAAGUCAGUUCUCACUCAGCCACUAGGUGUCUUACCUCCGAGCCACAGUUCGGUGUCACCAGUAAUACUACCUCAGACUCAUUCGGGUGUUUCAUAUGCAAUAUAUCUGCAUCCUUCCCAAGCCCACACUGUGACAACAUACAGCCCAAGUUUCAUGUUGCAGCCUCUACCACGUGCUAAUGUGACAGGAAUUAAAAGUAUUAAUUCAAAAGUCUUAAAUGAAAUAACCACUGAGGAAGGGGACAAUCACAUAGCUGCAGAUGAUCCACGAAAGUCCUUGACAGCUAAAGAAAGACCAGAUAUACAAUCUGAAUCUUCAUCACAGAGGUGCCUUAAAAGAUCACAGGCAUUACAAGAGAAUAAUUCGAUUAAAAAGUAUAGAAGUGAUGAGGAAAGCCUUGAUACUUCUGUGGGAGAGUCCGUUAAAAAUGAAAGACCACCUUCCCGUGGCUCACAAAUGAAUCACGAAAUGGACAAUUUCCAGGAAGAGAAACAGAACAAAUCUGAAACAUUAGACCUAAGCGUGGCAAGUUGCUCUGACCAAUGUAAAAGAGCAGAUACUCCAGAAGAUGACAACAGAACCAAACCUAAACAAGACAUUCCUGUGGCAUUUGCCAUUCCUGCUCAUGAGACCUUUUUUCCAUCUGGCUACCUUAUUCCUCUUACUCAGUGCACCCACCAUGGCAACAAGGCGUGCCUUUCUAAUAGAGAGAAAACUGGGAUAUGUUCAUUACAGCACAGUUCCUUCAGCUCACCCCCUGCUGGUGUCAUUCCAGUGACUGCAUCUGAAUUGAAAGCAGUUAACAUUCCUGCUUUUCAUAUAACAUCCUUGAAUAUAAUGCUGUCACCAACUUCUAUAGCUGCUGCUGCACCUGUACUAAGCAACUCCUGUCUCAAUUCAAGCAACACCAGUUCUGCCCAAACUCCAAAUUCUUCAGUUCUGAACUUUACGCUGCAACAUGUAGGACUAAUACCUGCUGGUAUGCAAGUUCCUGCAAAUCCUGUUCUUCAGCAUAUACCACUCUCUCCAAAAGCAGAAAAUAGUAACCACAGCUCAGAAAACAUGAACUUACAAGAAGAAAAGCCUAGCGUUCCAAAGGAACCAGAAGAGCCCCAGACAACGACAGACAUGUUUUUCCGCACACCAGGAGGGCCAAACACAGUAUCUUCACUGUCUGCAAAUUCAGACGGUACUGAUAGAACCUCUCAAGGAACCCUAUAUAUUCCUCAACGAAAACUUGAAGUGUCAGAAGACUAGUUUGGGGAUAUCAAAUUGCUGACUGUGUUAACAGGCAUAAUUACUGAUAACACAUUGCACACACAAUGAAUUGUCUGAUGGACAAAGUGUGUUUUAGGCAUGUAUUGGCAAGACUGCAAUACUGGAAUAGCCUUAAUGCUUUAGAAUUCAAACUGGCUCUUAAUGAGAAAGUUACUGUCUAAUAUUUUUUCCAAAAGGCUUACCUAAAGUAUUAUAGCAACAACGUUAUGUAUCUAGUGUUUUCUGUGUUGCUUUUCUGCUAUGCAAAGUAACUGAAAUUGCCUUUGUACAGAAAGGUACAGUCUAUCAGUCAGUACAUAUUUUGCACAAAGAAAAUACUGUGAGUGUGUACAUAUUGUUUUAACAAAAAGGCCAUAGUUAAAAUUUCUUUUGCUCCUACGUUCAAUAAUGCUCUUUUGUAAAGUUAGUAAAAAAAAAUCUUAAUCAAGUUUUAUAUAAGUUAAGAAUUAUUUAUACUGUAUUGUAAAAUCAAUUUGUUCAGAUUCAACUUACAUCAAACUGUCAAAUUUUGACAGUUGUUUUGUUUAAUAAAAUUAAAUGACUGGAGUUGAGUAAUACUGUACUGGACUCUUUUUGGUUUUGGUCAGAUAGGGGUGUGUGUAUUCUGAAGAAAGGCAAAAUGGUAUUUCUUUAAAAAGGUGCAUGUAAGUACCUCAGUCUCCCUUUUUGAACUCUCACUGGAGUUUUGAACUCUCAUUAGAGAUUCCUAAUAACAAAAAGGAAAAUGCUUAUGAUAUUUGGGAUUAAAAGUACCUAGAAUAUUCUGUAAAGUGCAGUUGAGGUGUUAGGGAAGUGAGACGUUAACGUGGUUUGGGCCUCAUGCUAACAGCCAAUUUCAGUAAGACUAGAUGAUGAACAUGCUACCUUGUCUCUAUUCUUAGAAUUUGAGCCUGGUGCUUGCUAUGCUACAUGCAGCAAAUAAGCUUGAAGCCUGUCUGCUACCAAGAGAACCUAAGAUUAGGCUCCUUCAGUAUUUGCCCAAAGGUUUGGUGUUUAUCUGAAACUGCUUGUGACAGAAAUCACACAGACAGUUACUGUAGCACUAGCUAACCAGUAUUGCAGUGUGAAGUCUGGCUUCUAGAAGGAGGGAGUUCCACCUCUCUUGAACAUCCCCAAGCCACUCCUGGUACAGAAGAAAGGUGGUAGAAUAAACUGUAGCGUGAAAAGAAAAAAAAGUUUGAACCCCAGAAAAGCCAUUCACAAUUAUAGAGAUGAGCUAAGUUAUUUCAAGUUCAGUAAUAUUCUAUCUUCUCUUGCCCCCAAAAUAACAAGUGACA